AUGAGUGCAACCGCUCACAUCGAGAAAAAUGGGAAUCCCCCACAGUUCGACCUGCCGCUCUACCGCACGGAGGGUCGUUCGCUUGGCGUUGUGUUUGAGCAUAUGAAUGUGCUCGGGGCGACGGCCAGUGCCAGUGGCAUCCUCAAUCUCCCAACCGUAAUCCUGAAAAUUGCGGAAUUUCCUGUUCGCCUGACGCUUUCGAUCUUUGGAAAGCGAUCCAUCCCCUCCAAGCCCAUCGUUGAAGAUAUCAGUGGCGUUCUCUUCCCGGGCGAGACAAUGCUUGUACUCGGUCGCCCGGGGUCAGGUUGCUCGACAGUCCUGAAAGCCCUAGCAAACGAACAUGAUCCAUUCGUCGACGUCCAAGGCAAGAUCUCAUACGGAAACAUUUCACCCUUGGAAAUGUCCCGCCGCUUUCGCUCCGAAACCGUGUACGUCAGCGAGGAUGACAUUCACUUCCCCACUCUAUCGACGAGAAACACUAUGUCAUUUGGCUACAAGCUACGCAAACCAGUCGACUCGGAACAAUCAGAUUCAGAAUUUGCUUCUGAGCAAACAGAGAAAAUGCUUCGCUCUCUAGGUAUUGUCCACACUAAAGACACGGUUGUGGGAAAUGCCUUCAUCCGAGGCGUGUCUGGUGGGGAAAGAAAGCGCGUUACUCUAGCUGAAGCCAUGUCAAUAAACUCAGCCUAUGGCUCUUGGGAUAAUCCUAUCCGGGGGCUCGAUAGUUCUUCUGCGAAGCAGUUUCUUCGCUUGUUGAAAACUAUUUCAACUCGAACCGGUAUGGCAAAUAGUGUUUCUCUCUACCAAGCUUCUGAGUCCAUGUAUCAAGAAUGUUUUGAUCGUGUCAUGGUUCUCUAUGAAGGCCGUAUGAUCUUUUGCGGGAGAGUUUCCGAUUCAAAGAGCUAUUUUGAAAACCUUGGUUUUGAGUGUCUCCCUCGCCAAACAACUCCAGAUUUCUUGACCGCUGUCACGUCUCCUGCUGAAAGAAAGAUUCGAGAGGGCUUCAAGAACGUGCCGCUUGACCCUAACUCUAUGGCUCGGGCCUUCCGCGAUAGUCAGGAUUAUACCCGUCUCCUCGCCGAUAUCACCACAUAUUAUAGUGCUGUUUCGGAGAGCCAGGUAUAUACCGAGUCUUUUAAAGAAAAGUCGCGUGCUAUUCGAUCGAAAAUGACGAUGUCUACAGCGAUCGCACCUCGAUCUGUGUUCAAACAGACAACUGUGGCAAUCUCUCGCUAUUACCAAUUGAUUUGGGGAGACAAACGCACAUUCUACACAGUUUUAGUAUUCAAUGCUAUCAAUGCAGUUAUCAACGGCUCGGCAUACUAUAUGGCGCCUAAGACGGCCACCGGGUCUUUCGAGAAAAGCGGAGCUCUUUUCUUCUCGCUCGUCUAUUUCUUCCUCAAUGCACUUGCGGAGACAUCUGCAACCGUUAACUCUCGAUCUGUCUUGCUCAAACAACUCAAGUACGGGUUCCUCAGCCCUGUCUCUUAUGUGAUUGCACAAACGGUUGCCGAUAUCCCCGUUGCCGCUUUUCAGACCAUCGUGUUCUCUUGUUUAUAUUACUUCAUGCUUGGCCUCGUUCGCGAUGCCUCUGCCUUUUUUACCUUUUUUCUCUUUGUCUUCGUUCACUAUGGAACGGUACAGGGCAUGUUCCGCAUGCUUGGAGCCUGGUCACCAAACAUGAGUGUUGCAUUGCUUAUGGCUGGCAGUGGAAUGCCGGUGGCGCUACUAUACUCUGGAUAUGCACCCACAAUCCCUACCAUGCACCGAUGGGGCUCUUGGAUUCGGCGAAUCAGUCCAUCUCCAUGGGCCCUUGAAGCAUUGAUGGCUAACGAAUUCGCGGAUAUCAACUUGAGCUGCACAGAGAGUCAACUGGUACCUUCAGGCCCUGGUUAUGAUGGCAAUCUUCAUUACCAAGGUUGCACGAUCAUUGGUAGUACUAAGGGCUCUGCGACUGUCUCAGGAACCACAUAUCUGAGUGACCAGUAUGAAUUUUCGCCUUCCCACAUAUGGCGAAACUUGGGAAUUCUCCUCGUUCUAUGGUUUCUCUAUACAGUCAUCGCUGCCGUCGGGCUCACUGUCAUGACUCGCGAAAACAGUGGGUCCUAUGCUCGGGUCUUCAAGAAGCCUCGAUCAUUGAAAAACUCAAUGCAGGCAAAUGGCGAUCCUGAGAAAGGCACCAGCACUUUGCCAAGCUCUCGUGCAUCAUCUUCCAACGAAAUUGACGCGGCUGGGGCCCAAAAUGAAAUGGGAAAAGAUCGAAACCAAUCCAAGACUUUGUUUACAUUCGUGAAUCUCAAUUACUACGUCAACGCUGGGGGGUCUGAAAAACAACUUCUUACUGAUGUCAAUGGCUAUGUUCGCCCGGGCCAGCUUACGGCCCUGAUGGGAGCCUCAGGUGCCGGAAAGACAACUCUUCUAGACACUCUGUCGCAAAGAAAGUCUGAAGGGCGCGUAGAGGGCCAGCUUUUGUUGAAUGGCCAUCCUUUAGGCAAAACAUUCGCUCGCUCUUGCGGUUUUGUUAUGCAACAAGAUGUUCACGAGUCUACUGCCACAAUUCGUGAAGCUUUCCAGUUCUCUGCUCGUCUCAGGCGGCCUGCGGAAGUGCCCGAUUCCGAUAAAUUGGCGUAUGUAGAACAUGUGCUACAUUUACUGGAUCUUGAACCCCUUGCGAAUGCUAUUAUCGGCGGCGAAGGCCAGUUGAGUGUUGAAGAAAGAAAACGUGUCACAAUUGGUGUUGAGCUGGCGGCUCGUCCCCCGGCGUUAUUUUUCCUCGAUGAACCAACAUCUGGACUGGACAGUCAGGCUGCAUACCAACUAAUUGCUUUUCUGAAAAAGAUCGCACUUGAAGGCCUGCCGAUUGUUUGCACAAUUCAUCAACCCUCUGGUGUUCUGUUUGAUAUGUUCGACCAUAUUUUGCUUCUUGCACCUGGUGGAAAAACUGUUUAUUUCGGGGAAACCGGAGAGAACUCCAUCAACGUUGUGAACUACUUUGGUCGGUACGGUGCCAUCAUCAGGCCAGAUGAUAAUCCUGCAGAAUUUAUCCUUGGAACAGUUACUGAGGGUGACAGCACGCGAGACUGGGUGGCUACUUGGAAUGAGUCCCCCGAGCGACAGAACAUGGAAAAACACAUUUCGUCUUUGAAUUCAGAAGCUGUCCAAGAGCCCGGCACUCAGGAAAGCGAUGCUCGUCAAUAUGCCCUCAGCUAUAAAUAUCAAACUAUACUCCUGGUCCAGCGGCACUGGGUUGCAAUAUGGAGGAAUGGACCAUACAACUUCAGCAGGCUAUUCAAGUCAAUAUUCUGUGAAAUUUUCAUUGCUUUCAGUUUCUUUCAUACCAAGUCUGAUGCUCAAGGUCUUCAAAAUCAUAUGCUGGCUCUUCUGCUACUAGCUUGGAUUAUCCCUGCCACUGCCGCUGAUAUUCAACACGUUUGGUUUGAAAAGUGGGCUAUUUUUGCCGCCCGUGAGAGGAACGGCAUCUAUCAAUGGAGUACACUUCUUACUGCUUUGAUAGUGGUUGAGAUUCCCUGGCAAAUCUGCUUCUACACAAUCAUCUACUUCUGCACUUACUGGACCGUGGGAUUUCCAAAUACCUCUACAAUUGCAGGCUUCCAGUAUUUCAUGUUCUUACUGCUAUCCCUUUUCGGCACUAGCUACUCCCAGGUCCUAGCCGCUCUUUUUCCAAAUGCCACAAUGGCAAGCUAUGCAAAUUCGCUAAUAUGGGUGAUUUUGAUGCUUUUCUCUGGUGUUAUAGUUCCUCAUUCUUCGAUGAAUUCGUUCUACAAACCUUGGAUAUUCUGGACUGAUCCUAUGCGUUAUUUCUUUGGCGGUAGCGUUGGAAACGUUCUUCAUGGACUGAAAGCGAAGUGUUCUCCCAGAGAUUUCACCUUGUUUGAUCCACCAGUCGGUCAGACCUGCGGUGAAUAUGUGUCGGAUUUCCUUGCUUCAUCUGCUGGAUACAUAUCCAAUCCAACAAGUACCAGCGACUGUUCUUAUUGUCCUUACAGUAUCGGUGACGACUACUCUGCAACUCUGGACUACUCAUACGGCAGAAAAUGGAGAGACUGGGCUGUCUUUCUAGGAUUCUGCUUGACCAACAUUGCAUGUCUUUAUGUCAUCAUGUGGUGGCGACAAGGCCGAUCCCAGCGCAGAGUGUGA